AUGUCCGUUUUCAAUACUGAUAGACUAGUGGGAAAGACCGUUUUGAUCACAGGCGCAUCAGCCGGUAUCGGAGCAGCAACUUCGGUUCUUUUCGCCAAGACAGGUGCCAAUUUAGUUCUCGUAGCUAGAAGAGCGGAGAAUCUCAAAGCUGUUAAGGCGAAAGCCGAAGAAGCUUACAAGGCAGUUGGAAAACAAGGAAAAGUUAUCCUUAUCGAAGCUGAUGUCCAGAAAUUUGCGGAUCUGGAUGUCAUUCCUGAGAAAGUCAAGAAUGAGGGUCUGGAGGUUGAUAUCCUCGUCAACAACGCCGGUAUGGUCAAAGGUACCGAGCACGUUGGUGCCGACGCCGACAUCACUCAAAUGUUCGACACCAACGUCCUCGGUUUGAUCCAUUUAACUCAAAUAUUUGUAAAGCAAUUCAAAGCCAAACAAGCCGGUACAAUCAUCAACCUCGGUUCAAUUGCUGGUCGAGAGGCUUAUGCUGGAGGAUCAAUUUACUGUGCUACAAAACACGCUCUUUCAGCAUUCAACGGAGCUUUACUCCGUGAACUCGUCAAUACCCCUAUCAGAGUCAUCGAAAUUCAACCUGGUAUGGUAGAAACUGAAUUCUCAGUAGUAAGAUUUAGAGGAGACAAAGAAAAAGCAGACAGCGUUUAUAAAGGAUUACAACCUUUGGUAGCGGAGGAUAUCGCUGAGGAGAUAGUUUGGACCGCUUCAAGACCUCCUCACGUCAACAUUGCUCAGUUAUUCGUGCUCCCUGUUAAUCAAGCGACUCCUACACUCAAUUACAAGAAAUAA